CUCGGGGGCGGGGCCUGGGGACACAGCAGCUGGUGGCGACGGUCCGGAGGUCGGCCGCUGUGUGGGUCCGCCUCUGGGCCGGCAGGUCCCGGACGCGGGAAGUUGAUGGGGGUCGCCUCGACCUCGGCCUCGUCCGGUAGCGCAGCCUCAGCCGUGCGGUCGGAGAUGGUGCCCUGGGUACGAACGGUGGGGGAGAAGCUGAAGCAGCGACUGCGACUGGACGUGGGACGCGAGAUCUGCCGCCAAUACCCACUGUUCUGCUUCCUGCUGCUCUGCCUCAGUGCCGCCUCUCUGCUCCUCAACAGGUAUCUUCAUGUUUUAAUGAUCUUCUGGUCAUUUGUUGCUGGAGUCGUCACAUUCUACUACUCUUUAGGACCUGAUUCUCUCUUACCAAAUAUAUUCUUCACAAUAAAAUACAAACCCAAGCAGUUAGGACUUCAAGAAUUAUUUCCUCAAGGUCAUAGCUGUGCUGUUUGUGGUAAAGUGAAGUGUAAACGACAUAGGCCUUCCUUGCUCCUUGAAAACUACCAGCCAUGGCUAGACCUGAAAAUUUCUUCCAAGGUUGAUGCAUCUCUCUCAGAGGUUCUUGAAUUAGUGUUGGAAAACUUUGUUUAUCCAUGGUACAGGGAUGUGACAGAUGAUGAGUCCUUUGUUGAUGAGUUGAGAAUAACAUUACGGUUUUUUGCAUCUGUCUUAAUACGAAGGAUUCACAAGGUGGAUAUUCCAUCUAUUAUAACCAAGAAACUAUUAAAAGUGGCAAUGAAGCAUAUAGAAGUGAUAGUUAAAGCCAGACAGAAAGUAAAGAAUACAGAGUUUUUACAGCAAGCUGCUUUAGAAGAAUAUGGUCCAGAGCUUCAUGUGGCUUUGAGAAGUCGAAGAGAUGAAUUACAGUAUUUAAGGAAACUUACCGAACUACUCUUUCCUUAUAUUUUGCCUCCUAAAGCAACAGACUGCAGAUCUCUGACCUUACUUAUAAGAGAAAUACUGUCUGGUUCUGUGUUCCUUCCUUCUUUGGAUUUCCUAGCUGAUCCAGAUACUGUGAAUCAUUUGCUUAUAAUCUUCAUAGAUGACAGUCCACCUGAAAAAGCUACUGAACCCGCUUCCCCGUUGGUUCCAUUCUUGCAAAAAUUUGCAGAACCUAGAAAUAAGAAGCCAUCUGUGCUGAAAUUAGAAUUGAAGCAAAUCAGAGAGCAACAAGAUCUUUUGUUUCGUUUUAUGAACUUUCUGAAACAAGAAGGAGCAGUACAUGUGUUGCAGUUUUGUCUGACUGUGGAGGAAUUUAAUGAUAGAAUUUUGCGACCAGAGUUAUCAAAUGAUGAAAUGCUCUCUCUCCAUGAAGAGUUGCAGAAGAUUUAUAAAACAUAUUGUUUGGAUGAAAGUAUUGACAAAAUUAGAUUUGAUCCCUUCAUUGUAGAAGAGAUUCAAAGAAUUGCUGAAGGCCCGUACAUAGAUGUUGUGAAACUUCAAACUAUGAGAUGUCUUUUUGAAGCUUAUGAACAUGUUCUUUCUCUCUUGGAGAAUGUGUUUACCCCUAUGUUCUGUCACAGUGAUGAGUAUUUCAGACAACUUUUAAGAGGUGCAGAAUCACCAACACGCAAUUCAAAAUUCAACAGAGGUAGCCUAAGUUUGGAUGAUUUUCGGAGCACACAGAAAAGAGGAGAAUCAUUUGGAAUCAGCAGAAUAGGUAGCAAAAUUAAAGGAGUAUUCAAGAGUACCACAAUGGAAGGAGCUAUGUUGCCUAAUUACGGUUUAGCUGAAGGUGAAGAUGACUUUAUCGAAGAAGGUAUUGUUGUAAUGGAAGAUGAUUCUCCAGUGGAGGCUGUGAGCACACCUAAUACUCCCCGAAACCUUGCUGCAUGGAAAAUUAGCAUUCCAUAUGUAGACUUUUUUGAGGAUCCCUCCUCUGAAAGGAAGGAGAAAAAGGAGAGAAUUCCUGUGUUUUGUAUUGAUGUUGAAAGAAAUGAUAGAAGAGCAGUUGGGCAUGAGCCUGAACAUUGGUCUGUUUAUAGAAGAUACCUUGAAUUCUAUGUACUUGAAUCAAAACUAACAGAAUUUCAUGGCACAUUUCCUGAUGCCCAGCUUCCUUCUAAGAGGAUCAUUGGUCCCAAAAAUUACGAAUUCUUAAAGUCAAAGAGAGAAGAGUUUCAGGAAUAUCUACAGAAACUUCUGCAGCAUCCAGAACUGAGUAACAGUCAACUUUUGGCAGACUUUCUUUCUCCUAAUGGUGGGGAAACACAAUUUCUUGAUAAGAUACUACCAGAUGUAAAUCUUGGGAAAAUUAUAAAGUCUGUUCCUGGGAAACUAAUGAAAGAGAAAGGUCAGCAUUUGGAACCUUUCAUCAUGAAUUUUAUUAAUUCUUGUGAAUCUCCGAAGCCUAAACCAAGUAGACCAGAACUGACCAUUCUCAGCCCUACUUCAGAAAACAACAAGAAGCUUUUCAAUGAUCUGUUUAAGAAUAAUGCAAACCGUGCUGAAAAUACAGAGAGAAAGCAAAAUCAGAAUUAUUUUAUGGAGGUGAUGACUAUAGAAGGAGUCUAUGAUUACCUGAUGUACAUAGGACGGGUGGUUUUCCAAGUUCCUGACUGGCUUCAUCAUCUCUUAAUGGGAACUCGAAUCCUCUUUAAAAACACCCUGGAAAUGUAUACUGACUACUAUCUUCAGUGUAAACUAGAACAGCUAUUUCAGGAGCACCGAUUGGUCUCACUCAUAACACUUCUCAGAGAUGCUAUAUUCUGUGAAAACACUGAACCUCGCUCUCUCCAAGAAAAGCAAAAGGGAGCAAAACAGACUUUUGAAGAAAUGAUGAAUUACAUUCCAGAUCUGAUAGUCAAGUGUAUCGGUGAAGAAACCAAAUAUGAAAGCAUCAGACUUCUGUUUGAUGGCUUACAACAGCCAGUACUCAACAAGCAGCUGACUUACGUUUUAUUGGACAUUGUGAUACAGGAACUGUUUCCAGAGCUCAGUAAGGUACAGAAGGAAGUUGCCUCUGUGACGUCCUGGAUGUAAACGUUUGGAUUUGGUAUAACCAGCUGAAAUAUCUGCUGUGCUAGUGUAGUACAAAUGUACUUUUUUCUUUUGUAUAUUCUUGUAUAUAAUAUCCUGUACUUCAGUGUCUGAAGUUUUGAUUUUUUGUUUUAAUAAAGACUAACAUAAACUUAAUAAAGAUUAAAAGUGAUUGGA